CCAGCGCUCCACCUGGCUGCCCCAAUUCCGCACCCCAACCCCACCCAAAGUCGAAAUGCACGUAUAGAUUCGCUGUUUGUAUCGAUACUUCCACGAUACAUCGUCACUCCUCACCUCCAUCAACAAUCAUUUUCACUUUCUUCAGAUUUUCACUAAUUCCUACCCACUCCCUCUUCGAUCCACUCGCAUUUUGCCCCAAUUUUCUCUAAUUAUGAUGAAGAAACGGGUCCCCGAUUGGCUCAACAGCUCCCUCUGGUCAUCUCCUAAUCGGUCUCCUUCGCCGCCGCCUACGCCGCAGGACGUCGCGCCGAAAACCACCGCCCCCGCUAUUGCCGAGGCUCCCGUCCCGGUGCCACCGCCGGCCGUCGCGAGGCCGGCCGAGCGUCCGGCUUCCUCCUCAGCUUACGCUACUAGUGCUGCAAAAGGGGAAACUAGGAAUCCGUUGAGUGGUCAUUCUGGAAAUAGUACUAGUGUUUGUGACAGUGAUGAUGAAAAUGGUAGCUCGUCAGCAAAUUCUCCGGCCUCUGGUGGUGCUGGUCCCGGUUCAGUGGCGCCUCCAGCUGCUGUGGAUACUUCUAGGCAGGCUCAGAUUUUACAAGAGUUGUCGAGGAAGGUUAUAAAUAUGGGAGAAUUGCGGAAGCUAGCAUCACAAGGCAUACCUGAUGGAGCUGGUAUUCGCGCAACGAUUUGGAAGUUGUUAUUGGGGUAUCUACCAACUGAUCGCUCUCUUUGGCCUUCAGAAGUGGCCAAGAAAAGGUCUCAGUAUAAGAAUUUCAAAGAAGAGCUAUUAAUGAACCCUUCAGAGAUUGCAAGGAAGCUGGAAAAGGCAAGUCUUGAGAACCAUGAAGUGGAUCGCGGCAGUCCAGGUUACCUGUCGAGAUCAGAGAUAAGUCAUGGAGAACAUCCCUUAAGUCUUGGGAAGAGUAGCAUAUGGAAUCAGUUCUUCCAGGACGCCGAGAUCAUGGAACAGAUUGACCGAGAUGUCAUGCGUACUCAUCCAGACAUACACUUCUUCUCAGGGGACUCAACUUCUGCUAAAUCCAACCAAGAGGCAUUGAAGAACAUAUUGAUUGUAUUCGCAAAGUUGAAUCCGGGAAUAAGAUAUGUGCAAGGGAUGAAUGAAAUCUUGGCCCCACUGUACUUCGUGUUAAAAAAUGAUCCUACUGAGGAAAAUGCGGCUUCUGCUGAAGCUGACGCUUUCUUCUGUUUUGUGGAGUUGUUGAGUGGAUUUAGAGACAAUUUUGUUCAACAACUUGAUAACAGUGUAGUGGGAAUCCGUGCCACCAUUACAAGAUUAUCACGUCUUUUAAAGGAGCACGAUGAGGAGCUGUGGCGUCACCUUGAGAUGACAACAAAAGUCAAUCCCCAAUUUUAUGCAUUCAGGUGGAUUACUCUCCUUCUGACCCAAGAAUUCAAUUUUGCAGACAGUCUCAUAAUCUGGGACACACUUCUGAGUGACCCUGAUGGUCCUCAAGAAACUCUGCUCCGUAUUUGUUGUGCAAUGCUGGUGAUAGUUCGGAAGCGUUUACUCGCAGGUGACUUCACGUCUAAUCUUAAGUUGCUGCAGAACUACCCAGUUUCGAACAUUAGCCACAUUCUCUAUGUUGCCAGCAAGUUGCGAGUUCACCCAGCGGGCUGAGGCUUUUCAAUAGAAUAUUUUAGCCGUUUCGUCUAUUUAUUCUAUUUAUUGUAAAGUUGCAGGAUGUAAAUGUAACUUGAUAGUGAUUUCCAGGAAUUCUUCAGUUGGUUUAGACUUCCGGACCUUUGUGUAACAACCAACGACAUGAGAAUGAGGAAAGAAAAACUAAGAGAUUCUGUGGAAAUUGGCCACUUUGGAUCU